CCAUGGAAGAAUCAAUGCAUAUACUUUUUGAUGAUGCUAACACUUCCUUGCAAAGGAAAGAUUCUUGUGAUGAUGAAUUUGAGCAGAUUCUAAAUUCAAAGAAUUCGAAUAAUGAUGAGCUUGAAUCAAAAGAACCAGUGGAGGAUGAUCAAAAUGAUAAAGAAGAAGAACUCCCUUGCUCCACAAAUAUUGAAAUUCAAGAAGACUCCCAACCAAAUGUGGAAGAACUACAAAUUGAGGAACCUCAACAUCAAGAUAUUCCACAAGAAUGGAGGUACCAUAGAAAUCAUUCCAAAGAUGACAUUCUUGAUAGUCCAUCACAAAGAAUGAUGACAAGAGCUCAACUUAGAAGAUAUUUUGCAAAUGAAAGAUGGAAUUUUUAUAAAUCAGUCCAAGUACAUAAAGGAUAUGCUAAAGAAGUUCAAAAUGGAGGAUAUGAAAAGUGUUGGAACUCCCAUGAGCUCAACAAUUAAAUUGGAGAAAGAUGAAAAAGGUAAAGAGGUAGAUAACAAAUUUUAUAGAGGUAUGAUUGGUUCUUUACUCUACUUAACAGCAUCUAGACCAGAUAUUCAUUUUAGUGUAUGUUUAUGUGCAAGAUUUCAGUCAUGUCCAAAAGAAUCUCAUCUUGUAGCAGUUAAGAGAAUUUUUAAAUACCUCAUUGGCACUCACAAUAUUGGCUUGUGGUAUCCAAAAUGUGAAUCAUUUGAUCUUAUUGGUUAUAGUGAUUCAGAUUUUGCUGGUAGUAGAUUAGACAGAAAAAGCACUUCUGGAACUUGUCAAUUUCUAGG